CCAAACUCAGCUCGCUCCUUCCACCGUCAAACUUGUUUUGCACCGUGCAGCAAACACACGAGUUCCGUCCAGAAUGUACAAUUCGUCCACUUACCGCAGGCCCCAGGCCCCUGCAGAGGCAGUUCCUGAAAAGUUCCGCAAGCAAACCCAGCAGAUACAAGAGCUGUUCCCUGCAUGGUCGAAUGAAGACAUUCAAUCGGCCCUGCUUGAUGUAAACGGCGACGUUGACCUUGCGGUACUCAGAAUUUCUGAAGGUCAUGCCGAGCAGUGGGGUGCUGUCCAGCGCAAGAAGGACAAGAAGUCAACCGCCGGUGUUCCUCAGACUCAGUCCAAGGACCACGCAGCCAAGCAAGAACGUGGUGACUUCCGCGGUGGCAAGGGCGGUCGUGGUGGAAGGGGUGGACCUGGGCGGGGCGGUGCUGCUCGUGGUGCAUUCAUCCGGGGAGGACACCAAGAGACCAACGGCCGUCACGCCAAGCACGGUCCUAGUAAGGGUGAUGAGGAUGUAGCCCAGAAGAUAGAGGAGGAAGCUCCAGCAGUCGAUUCGGCUGCUGAUGUGAACGGAGCUAAGCCGGUACAGGACGCUCCUGCUGCUGAGCCCGUCUCCGAGAAUACAAGCACACCCGCUACAUGGGGAGGAGAUACCGCCACCAAUGGUUCUGCCCCUCCUGCUUCCCCUGCAGCCCCUUCUCAGCCUUCUCAUCCCCUCGUCAAAUUCACGAAGACUCCCGCUACCUCUAAGCUAUCUUGGGCGCAGAUCGCUAAACCUCAAGAAAAGCCGACACCUCCGGCACCCGCUCCUGCGCCUGCACCAGCAGCUGCGCCUGCACCACCCUCCCCUGCCACCCAACCAACACCAUCACAACCCGCUCCUGCACCUGAACCGGUACAAUCAGAGCCUCAGUCAGAGUCUGCUGCACAGGGCUGGGAGGAACCGACUACCGUACAGGCGCCCACUUGGGACGACGAGCCCACGGCGAAGCCCGCAGAGCCUGCCGUUCAGGAAGAGCCGAAAGCGGAGGAGGAAGAGGUCGCUCCAACUCCUGCCGCAGAACCCGAGGUUCCGCCUGUUCUGCCUGCACAAGUCCAACCAUCAGCAGCGAAGCAAGAACCGGUGCAGGCUCCCGCUCCUGUCAAGCCUGCUACACCCGCUCAGCACACAAGGCCAACUUCCGCUGCCCAUAGGCACAAGUUCAAGCCCGACCAAGCUGUCAUCAUGCCAAGUGGCAGCUUUGGCACUCUAGAGAAGGUCGGCAUGCAGUUCGGUAGCUUGAGCCUUGGCGGUGAUGACCUCGACUCGACCCAAGAUGUCUCCGCCGAGCCAACAGCCCUGCGUGCGGCGGAGCCCGCCGCUGUAUCGGAGGCGCCCGCUCUGCCACCUGCUCUGCCAAUUCCAGCUCAGCCACAGGAAUCUACAUCUGUUGCUACUACGCCUCCGGCUCAAACAUCGUUGAACGGCAGUCUUUUCCAGCAAGGCAUUCCCCAGCAAGCUCAGCAGCAGCAGCAACCCGCCCAAGUCUCUCCGCCUGUUCAGCUCUCGUCCGCUGCUCAGCUUCAAGCCCCUGCUAGCCUGCAAACAUCCCUGUCGCAGCCUGCCCUCCCCGCUCAAGUCUCUGCUCAGCCUCAAUCUUCUGCCUCCGCCUCCAACAUCUCGUCCUACUCGCACAGCAUCCCCGCUGCCCCGCCCUCACUGCCGUCCCAGCAGCACCCUCAGCAGCCUGCUCAGUCGCAAGGCCUGCUCUCCCAGCAGCACCAGCAGUACUCACAACAUGGUUUGGCGAGCCACCUCGAUCAGAACCACGCCGCGGCCCAGUCACCGCACGCUGCGCCUGCGCCUCAGCAGAGUCUCGGCGGCCAUUCUUCGUACUUCCGACAGCAGGAACCACCAUAUUUCCACACCGCGACUCCACCUGUGUCCGCCUCCCAAAGUCAGGAUGGGCCCUACGGGUCCUUCGGCCAGCUCUCUGGACAACUUGGUCAUCAGAAUCAAAGCUCGCACCUUGGUGGAUUUGGCGGAGGAGAUUACCCAUACGGAGAGAACCAGAGGAACUUCUAUGACUCUUACUCUGGACAGACCGGGUUCAGUAACCGUAAUAUGCUCGGUCACGAUGACAUCAAGGGCCUCCCUGGUGCUCCUCAGCAGCAGCCUCAUGCUGCCCCCGGCCUGCCCCCUUCCAGUACCCAGCCGUCGCAGCAGCUCCCUCAGUCCGGUCAGUCCGGCAGCCAGGGUCAGCCUGGUGCACAAGGUCCUCAACAGGGCUACCCUCCACCCCUUCCAUAUUACUACACUCCCUACCCGCAGAACCAGUAUUACGGCUCCCCAUACAGCUCCGGUUACUCUGUUCCCCAGCCUUUCGUCAAGUACCCGACCGUCUUCCAAGGUCCGCCAGGCCCUCAGUCUGCUCCCUCCCCCGCGAGCAAGCAGGCGCCGAGCUCCGUGCAGCCGCAGUCACCGUACGGCCAGGGUCUGUAUGGCCAACAGCACUCGUCGUCACCCUAUGGUGACAUUGAUUACCAGCACGGGCACGGUCAGAGCGUGAGCGGCCUUCCCUCGAACGACUACGGCAAGCAGCUAUACGGCGGUAGCGGCCAGGGUAUGCAGGGCUUCAUGGGUCUCGGCCAGAGCUCGGGCCCCUCGUCAGGCGCGCCCCUUGGUCAGCGCAGCGGCGGCUCACCUGAGGCCGCGUACAAGCCGUACGGGAGCAACGCGAAGGACGUUGGUACCGGUGUCAGCCAGGGUGCUCAACAGCAGGGUGGUCGGGGUGGCCAGCAGCCCCAAGGCGGGUUCUACGGUCAGCGCUUCAGCAAUGCUGGGCAGGGCCCCCAGGGUGCGCAGAGCCAGCAGCACCAGCCGCAAGGUCAGGGUCCCCAAGCACACCUCGGCUACCCGCAAGGCUCCUCCGAUGGUAGCUUUUACUCGUACCAGCCCAGGCAGCAAGGCUACUGGCAGUAAGUAUGUGACCCGCAGUGCGUGGGUUGACUGUUGGACCUCACAGUAACAUGAUUGUCUCUUGUCAUUCUGUCGUGACUCGCGCUUGAUCGUUGCUUUUCUUUUGUCUGUCCUGUCAUCUCUCUCGAUAGCUCUCCUCUUUUUUUGCUCUUUUUUCGUUUUCUCCUCUACUAUUCUCAUUGUCUCUGUCUCCCCGAUCAAUGCAUGGCAAUGUAUGUAUACGAUGUGCUACCGGCUGUACUCGUGCACAGGAAACAAAGUCAAGAACUUUGAAUUGCAUGUGGCAGUCUGUGUGACGGAUAGCCGAUGUACAAAGCACAGGGCUCAGAGACCAAGGCUAAGUGACGGGCCAACUUCAGAUUAUAGCCGGGCCCCAUCUAGGAGAAUCUAGUGAUGUAGAGAGAACGAAGAGCAGAAGAGAAUACAAUGGAAACGAGAUACAGAGGAGAGUACAAGCAUUAGGUAAGGAGUACGACAGGAUCUCGGACACGAGCACAAGUGUGGGGUGAACUAAUUAUCCGUCUGAAUAU